AGAGGCAUGAUAAAAAAAAAAACCCUUCUUUGGAAAAAAAAUCAUCCACCCGUCGUUCACAGGUGUGUAUGAUCUCAAUUCGAGUUGUGACAUCAUAUACAUGUUAGGGCCCAAGUAAGCUGCACUAUGGGGCCAAUUCAAUAGCUCACCUAAAUAUCAGCCCAAGCAAGCUGAAGGGAGAGAGACAAAAGAAAAAAAAAUGUUGCACUUCCAGGUAAUCGAACAGGUCGACCGAACCGGCAAUGGACCCUUGUCGAUCUCUCUCUCUCCUUCCCCUUCUUCCUACCAAGUUUAGUACACUUUGAGCCACUCCUUCGUCUUCCUUAAUUUUCUCGGUACCAAACAGGAGCUUGUGUCUCUUUGCUGCUACUUGUUGAGUGAAGAGGGUUUAUACUUUCUACAAUCAGAAGCUUGUAUGUCUUGCUAGUUGCUACUGCUUGUUUUGAGUGAAGAAGGUUGCUAAUAAUCUGGCUGUUGGAUUCGUGGUGUCUUAGCAUGGAAGAGAGGAGGAACACCUGUAUCACUCAACAGCGCGAGGGAGAAAGGAUUAGGCAUGGGGAGUAGUACUGUUCUUCAGAGCAGCGCUCACCACAUGUUUGAUUGAAUGUCAUGCCCGUUCGAAGUGUACAAGGAAGAUGUUAUGCCUGUGAUGAAAGAGGAGAAAAUAUUCAGGGAUGAAGCACUAAGGCUGUUUCUUGAGGAAUGGAUAGAUGCCAGGUGCAAGAUGGAGGAUAAGCUUGAUCGGGCAUUAGAGAAGUUUGAAGAUAUCGAAGCUCUAAGGGGGAAGGCUUUCCUAGGAGACAGCGGAUGCCACCAAGGCAGCCACCACUGACCUUAAGGCGGCAUCCUCCAACACCCAAGACAUCGCUGCCUAUGAUGCCAACCAAGUGCUCGACGGCAAGCUUCAAUGAUGGUUGUGCACGCAUGGCAGCGAGCUCAAGCCACACCAAUAAGGUACCUAUUCCUACGGUCACCUUGGAGCUGGGAUAUGGUGAGGACAAGGCCCACACACCCUGCAUCGAUACCACGGACUGUUCCAAAGAGACGCACGCCAAGUGUUUGAUGGCUGCACUCAACGUCAAUGGUGGCAGCAACCAAGCUGUGGUCGCGUUCCUGACCAUGACGGACAUGUUUAAGAUCAUUCCAACAUAUGUUGAGCCAAUGGACAUCUUCUCAGCAAGAUCGACCAUUGACCACAAGGAAAACAUACCAAUGCCACAUCGACGAAGAAUGGGCUCGCAGAAUGCCUCUUGGCAUCUAGCUCCCCAUCGUCGUCGUUGUUCCCUUACUCGCCCUCGCUUGUUGGUCGUGCCGCCGUCUGAGAGGUGGUUGCCCGAUCGAAGAGCUUAGAGCUGAAGGCCAGGAGAUGGCCGCGGUGCCUCCGCCACAUCUGUUCGGAGGUCGUACUACGCCUUUCACGCCCGAGGUCCACCACCGCCCUCUUUCUCCUCUAGUUAGUUGGCCGCCUGCCACCUCCUCCCUCUCCUGUUGGGGCCUUAGGGGUAGAGAAAGAGAGAUGGAAGGGAAACGAGGUUUAAGAAAGAAAGAAAGGGAACCGACAGAUGAAUCCCACUAUUUUUUUCAUUAUUUUUUGGAUGACUGUACUGUCACGUUAGUUGCAUUAUUACAUACUUAAGGAGUAGUUGACUACACUUAAAAAAUUGGAACCAAUAAGCGAAAGCUCCGGUGAUGUGGUAUACCAAUGUGUCAUGGUUAUGGAUACCACAUACCUAAUAGUAGUUGACUAAAUCUCGGCAGGACCCACCACAUACUAUGUCCUAUACGGAAACAACCUACGGAUAUAGGUGGGAGUUCCGAAUAAGGAAAGACAACCAGAGUUCUACAUGGAAACGACAAGGACUACUUGGAUUGUAUCCAUAUUGAUUUCUCUAGUUCUACUUGGAUAAGGGGACACAUAUGGGUAUAAAUACAAGACCCCCUAGGAGGAGAGAGGAGAACGACCAUGGAAGACACCCAUGACAAUCAACACACGCCCACCAGAAGCCACAACAUACAAGCCUACAUACGCCAAGACACGCCGCCGGAUAUCGAUUUCAGGGAUAGGCAUGGCUAUUCCCCUACGGUGUCCGGAUACCGUCAGGAGAUACGAAAGCGCUAUCUCUGAUCUCGCCGAGCACGGAUUCGAGGAGGAAGACUACCCUGUUGUCGACUACAAGUCAGACCUUCAGACCGAUAUGUCGACAACACUUAGAUAGGCUACCACAACAUACAAGCCUACAUGCGCCAAGACACGCCGCCGGAUAUCGAUUUCAGGGAUAGGCAUGGCUAUUCCCCUAUGGUGUUUCCGGAUACCGUCAGGAGAUACGAAAGCGCUAUCUCUGAUCUCGCCGAGCACGGAUUCGAGGAGGAAGACUACCCUGUUGUCGACUACGAGUCAGACCUUCAGACCGAUAUGUCGACAACACUUAGAUAGGCUACCCACAUAUUGUACUGGUGUGAUUAUGGUGAAUAAGAGCAAUACCGGCUUCGGCUAACAGGAUGUAGAGUUAUUACCUGACAACUCAGGGGCCCGAACCUGUAUAAAAAUCCUUGUCUCUAUCUCUUUUACCUCAGUCUCGCGUAUAUCCUAGCAUCGGCGAUCCCCAUACUAUCCAAAUACCGUAGUCGAGACAUCAAACGUCGACACAAUGAAUCAUUUCUCGCCCGGCCGUGAGUUAUCUUUCAAUAGCAGUUUAGUGAGCCAAAUGAGUUAUGGCCGGUCUCCAUCUCCGUCGAGUCUUCCAUAUAAUUAGUUAUCUUUCAAUAGCAGUUUAGUGAGCCAAAUCAUUUGUGGCCGGUCUCCAUCUCCAUCGAAUCUUCCAUAUAAUUAAAAACCAAUGCAUUUCUUAAGAAAAAAAACGAUGUAUAUAUUUAUAAAAGCACUUCCUAUUUUGUAUGUAGAGUAGGAGCAGUACUCUCUCCUCGUUUCAUUAUAUUAUAAGUCGUUAAAUUCUUUAAGUUUUAUUAAGUUUAUGAAAAAAAUAUAACAACAUCUGCAUCACCAAAUUAACCUCACUAAAUAUACCAUUAGAUAUAUUUUGAUGUUAUGUUUAUCUUAUGUUAAAAAAAACAUUGCUAUUUUUUCAUAUAAAGUUGUUAAAUUUCAAAGGUACUAAGACAUGAAAAAAAGUCAAAACGAGUUAUCGAGUACUACCUCCAUCCUAUAAUAGAUGUUUUGAUUUUUUGUUUGCAACGUUUGACCAUUCGUUUUGUUUGAAAAAUUAGUGCAAAUAUAAAACAUGAUAAGUCAUACUUAAAGUAUGUUUGAUAAUAAAGCAAAUCACAAACAAAAUAAAUAAUAGUUCUAUUUUUUAAUAAGAUAAAUAAUCAAACAUUAAAAAAACUCAAAGGGAUGGGACGGAGGUAGUAUAUUAUUUUCAGGGAAGUUUAGGAAGAAAAAGAGGAGGAGUAUUAUUUAGAGAGAUGGAAUUAGGCAGGCGCCAUUCCCGCAAUGAAUAGUUAAAUAUCUCAUGAUUAUUAGCUACUCCACAGCGUUAGCUUCGUCCACCCAAUUUGACUUUCCAAUGCAUUGUGAUUUGAGCGAGUUGUGAGAAAGAGAGAGACACUCUAGCGAGUAGUACUACUCCCCUUGUUUCAUUAUAUUAUACUGUAAUAUAAGUUGUUUUGACCUUUUAAGUUAAAUUUCUUUAAAUUUUAUUAAGUUUAUGAUAAAAAUAUAUAAAUGUAUCAUUAGAUAUAUUUUGAUGUUAUGUUUGUCUUAUGUUAAAAAAACAUUGCUAUAAACUUAGUUAAAUUUAAAAGUACGAAGGCAUAGAAAAAAGUCAAAACGAGUUAUAAUAUGAAACAGAUAUAGUAUAUUAUUUAUAAGGAUGUUAAGAAAAAAAAUACUUGUUGGAGUAUUAUUUAGAGCGAAAUGGAAUUAGGCAGGCGCCAUUCCCCGAAUGAUUAUUAGCUACUCCACAGCGUUAGCUUCGUCCACCCAAUUUGACUUUCCAAUCCAUUGUGAUUUGAGCGAGUUGUGAGAGAGAGAGAGAGAGAGAGAGAGACACUCUAGCGCGCAGCCAUGGCGGAGGGUGCUCUCGCCUCGACCAUCGUGAGGCAGGUGCUGACCAAGUUCGGCUCCUCCGUCUGGGACGAGCUCGCGCUCCUCUGUACCUUCAGGGCGGACCUCGCGGCCAUGGAGGCCCAGUUCGCCACCAUCCGCGCCGUGCUCGCCGACGCCGCCGUCCGCGACUGGCUCCGCAGGCUCAGGGACGUCGCCCACGACAUCGACGACUUCCUCGACGCCUGCCACACCGACCUCCGCCGCGGCGAGGGCGGGGGCGACUGCUCCGUGUGCGGCGGCCUCACGCCGCGCUCGUUCGCCAUGGCGCACAGGCUGAGGUCCCUCAGGCGCGAGCUGGGCGCCGUCGCCGCAUCCAAGGACAGGUUCUCCCUGAGCCCCGACGCCCGCCCGCCCGCGUCGCGGCAGCUCCCCUCCGUCCCACUCAUGCGCGAGACCAUCUCCAUGGUCGACGAGGCCAAGACGGUGGGGAGGAGCGCGGACAAGGAGAGGCUCAUGAGGAUGGUCCUCGACGCGGCGGGCGACGACGACGACGACGACGACGACGGCGUCUCCGUCAUCCCCAUCGUCGGCAUCGGCGGCCUCGGCAAGACGACGCUGGCGCAGCUGGCGUUCAACGACCGGAGGGCCAACGACGAGGUGUUCGACCCCCGGAUCUGGGUCUCCAUGUCCGCCGGCUUCAGCCUCGCCACGCUGGUCCAGGCCGUGCACCCCAUCGUCGCCGCGCCCAGCGAGAGGUGCGACCUCGCCACCACAACCACCACCAACCUGGAGGCCAUCGCGCGCUUCUUGUCCAUGGCGUUCACGGGGAACAAGUACCUGCUGGUCCUCGACGACGUGUGGAGCGAGAGCCACGACGAGUGGGAGCGGCUGAGGCUGCUCCUCAGGGGCGGCAAGCGGGGCAGCAAGAUCAUCGUGACGACGCGGAGCCGGAGGAUCGGCAUGAUGGUGGGCACCGUGCCGCCAUUGAUGCUCAAGAGCCUCUCUGAUGAGGAUUGCUGGGAGCUGUUCAAGAGGAAGGCCUUUGAGGAAGCAGAUGAGGAAUUGUACCCAAAAUUGGUCAGGAUAGGGAAGGAGAUUGUCCCCAAAUGCGGCGGCGUGCCGCUGGCGGCGAAGGCCCUUGGGAGCAUGCUGAGGUUCAAGAGGAAUGAGGAAUCAUGGAUUGCUGUCAGGGACAGUGAGAUUUGGCAGCUGGAUAAGGAGGAGACCAUCUUGCCAUCUCUCAAACUCAGCUAUGAUCAAAUGCCACCCGUUCUGAAGCAAUGCUUCGCGUAUUGCUCGGUGUUUCCUCGAAACCAUGAGAUUGACAAGGGUAAGCUUAUUCAGCAAUGGGUUGCUCUUGGCUUUGUUGAACCCUCAAAGUAUGGUUGCCAGCCGGUUUCUGAUAAAGCGGACGACUGUUUUGAGCACUUGUUGUGGAUGUCAUUCCUUCAAGAGGUAGACCAACAUGAUUUGUCAAAGAAAGGAUUAGAGGUUGAUGGAAGAGUUAAGUACAAAAUUCACGACUUGGUGCAUGACCUUGCUCAGUCUGUUGCCGGGGAUGAAGUUCAGAUCAUAAGCGCUAAGCGAGUCAAUGGGAGGACAGAAGCUUGCCGCUAUGCAUCAUUGCAUGAUGAUAUGGGGUCGACCGAUGUUCUUUGGAGCAUGCUUCGCAAAGUCCGUGCGUUUCAUUCCUGGGGCCGUAGUCUUGACAUUAAUUUAUUUCUUCACUCCAGGUUCUUGAGAGUACUAGAUUUGCGCGGCAGCCAAAUUAUGGAGCUCCCUCAAUCGGUUGGUAAAUUGAAGCAUUUGAGAUACUUGGACCUUUCUUCAUCCCUUAUCAGUACUCUGCCCAAUUGCAUCAGUAGUCUCCACAAUUUGCAAACUCUUCAUUUAUACAAUUGCAUAAAUCUCAAUGUGCUGCCCAUGUCAGUAUGUGCCCUUGAGAACCUAGAAAUCUUGAAUCUUUCAGCUUGCAACUUCCAUAGCUUGCCAGAUUCUAUAGGACAUCUUCAAAACCUACAAGAUCUUAACUUGUCCCUUUGCAGUUUCCUUGUGACAUUACCUAGCUCUAUUGGUACACUCCAAAGUUUGCAUUUGCUGAACUUGAAAGGAUGUGGCAACCUUGAAAUUCUACCUGACACUAUAUGCAGCCUGCAAAAUUUACAUUUCUUGAACCUUUCACGAUGUGGUGUUCUCCAAGCACUGCCCAAAAAUAUUGGUAACCUUUCAAAUUUGUUGCACCUGAAUUUAUCACAAUGCACUGAUCUUGAAUCAAUCCCAACCUCAAUAGGUCGCAUUAAGAGCUUGCAUAUUCUGGAUCUGUCUCACUGUAGUAGUCUGUCAGAGUUACCAGGAUCCAUUGGUGGUCUUCAUGAACUUCAGAUACUCAUUUUAUCACACCAUGCAAGCAGUUUGGCAUUGCCUGUAUCAACUAGUCAUCUCCCAAACUUGCAGACUUUAGAUCUCUCAUGGAAUCUUAGUCUAGAGGAAUUGCCUGAAUCAAUUGGCAAUCUUCAUAGUUUGAAGACCCUGAUCUUGUUCCAGUGCUGGAGUCUACGUAAGCUGCCUGAGUCUAUAACCAACCUCAUGAUGUUAGAGAGUUUGAACUUUGUUGGCUGUGAAAACCUAGCUAAGUUACCUGAUGGCAUGACAAGGAUCACCAAUCUGAAACAUUUAAGAAAUGACCAAUGUCGAUCUUUAAAACAACUACCUAAUGGAUUUGGGCGAUGGACUAAACUUGAAACAUUGUCCUUACUCAUGAUAGGUGACAAGCAUAGCAGUAUCACGGAGCUGAAAGAUCUAAACAAUCUAACUGGUGAGCUCAGGAUUGAAUGUUGGUCACACAAGAUGGAUCUGACAACUGCUGCCAAAAGAGCAAACUGGAGAAAUAAGAAAAAACUAAGCAAGUUGACCUUGUUGUGGACCAUUCCUUGUUCUGCGGAUGAUUUUGAAAAUGUUGAAACAUUUCUUGAAGUUCUUGUGCCACCCGAAAAUCUUGAGGUCCUUGAAAUAGAUGGUUACAUGGGCACUAGAUUUCCCAGUUGGAUGAUGAAGAGCAUGGAAUCAUGGCUCCCAAAUCUUGUCUCAUUAGAUUUAAGCAACAUUCCUAACUGUAGCUGCCUACCACCCCUCAGACACAUCCCUUAUCUCCAAUCGCUUCAUCUCCGAUACAUGGCCGGUGUCCAUAGCAUGAGCUCUGAAAUUCUUGUGAAAAGACAGAAAUGUGUGCUGUACCAGUCACUGAAGGAACUCCAUUUUGAAGACAUGCCUAACCUAGAGACCUGGCCAACUUCAGCAGCGACAGAUGACAGAGCUACUCAGCCAGAAGGAUCCAUGUUUCCUGUUCUUAAAACUGUAACCGCAACAGGAUGCCCAAAGCUCAGGCCGAAACCAUGCCUUCCAGAUGCUAUAACAGAUUUGUCAAUCUCCGACAGCAGCGAGAUAUUGUCAGUCAGGAAGAUGUUUGGAUCAUCAUCUUCCACAUCCGCAUCACUUCUGAGGAGAUUGUGGAUCAGAAAGUCCGAUGUAUCAUCCAGUGAGUGGAAAUUGUUGCAGCACAGGCCAAAACUUGAGGAACUAACCAUCGAAUACUGCGAAAUGCUACGUGUUCUUGCAGAACCCAUCAGGUACCUUACCACUCUGCGAAAGCUGAAGAUCAGCAAUUGCACUGAAUUGGACGCGCUUCCAGAAUGGAUUGGUGAUCUUGUAGCACUUGAAUCUCUUCAAAUAAGUUGCUGCCCAAAGUUGGUCUCGAUCCCAAAAGGUUUGCAACAUUUGACUGCUCUGGAGGAGUUAACUGUCACUGCCUGUAGCUCUGAGUUGAACGAAAACUGCAGGAAAGAUACAGGCAAGGAUUGGUUCAAGAUCUGUCAUAUCCCAAACAUCGUAAUCUCGUGACAGAUAACUAUGCAACUUCUGUUGAUCAAUUAAACAAAAAAAAAGUCCUGGUGAGUUGCAAGUUCAUCUGAUUAUGCUGAAGUUAUCCUCUACUCAAUUUGUUCCCAUCAUGCAUUGUCCUUGAAUGGUUUAUCUAGUGAGUCGGAGAUUAUAGUCAAUGAACAGAUAUUUUAUUCUAAUUUUUAUGUCUAUAUAGACAGGAGUUGAUUGUCAGUGUCUGUAGCUCUGUAGGAGUGAGAACUAUAGUAAAAAAAUAUGCAGGGAAAGAUUGGAAAUGUAAUUAGUGUGCAAUUUUUUUUUGUGGUGGUUCAAUGAGUGCACAAUUGACAAUAUGUAAGUAUGUAACUGGCCAUCACUUGACCCUUAACAAUGUAACUGGAGUGCAGCUGACGUAUAAAAAUGAAGCACAUUUUUACA